UGUCACCUUGCGUGAGCAUUUCGCGGAGAAACCAGUAAUAGAAAAGCUUGUUUCAAACUGCAAAAACAUUUCUGUUAUAUUGCAGAAUUUGGCAGAAAAAAAGGGCACCUGAGUUUUAGGCCUAGUAACACUGGUAUUUCACGCUUUCAGCACCUGCUGCCACUAGUAGCUAACGGUCUCUGUUUAUACUGCUGGAAGAUGUGAAAUUCUUUCUCGUCCUUUAUGUAGACUUGAAUAGCGUAUUCUCAUACUUCCAUUUUUCUUCUAAGAAGGGUUUCUUUGCCAUUUGAAGCAUGGAGGCAGAUUCUCAUGAUUGUUAUUUGUACUUCAAAAAAACGGUUCAAUUUGAAGCAUCUUCUCCUUUUAAGAUGGUGAAAAUGGCUCUGAGGAGAAAUGUGCUGAUUUAGCUUUUCUGUUCAACUCAUAGAAUUAUUUAAAAAAAAAAAAAGUAUAGCUAAUUCCUGUAGUUAAUUGUCAGUAUCGAGAAUAUUAUUGCGAAUUCGAGCUCUUCCCCAUUUGGCUUCCAACAGAGAAGGCAGAUUGAUUUUUAAACUCAGCUUAGAAAAAAUUUUAAACAUUAACACUGUCUUUCUUGAUUUGGAGGUACAUAUUUUAAUUUUUUGAGUUAUUCUGGCUUUCUACAGUCCGUAGGGUAGGCGAAGUAGGAGACAACGUAGAUGUUUGACAUCUUUUCACUUAAUUGAAAUCAAAAGGAAAGUAACAUUUGCAUUCAGUGUUGCACACUAAGACGGGAAAGAAGAUCUGCAGCAGCAGUGUUCCUGAUCUUUACGUCUCCUCUCCUAUAUCAGUGAGCGCUGAAGUCCCUGAGGACAUUUCAUAAAAUUGAAUGUACUUCAGCCAGUAGCAAGAGCUGUUAUGACUUACAUUGCGAAAAAAUGUGGCAUUUGCUUUCAGCCUCCAUCCAUUAUCCUCAUCUAUAAAGAAGAAGACAAGGAUAAAACUCGCCAGCGUAUCAUGCCUAUCCGAAAUUUCUCAAAGUUCUCAGACUGUAGCAGAGCUGCUGAACAGUUGAAGAAUAACCCUCGGCACAAAGCUUACCUUGAAGGAGUCUCGCUACACCAGUUAAAGAAGUUCUACAGUUUGUUGAAAGGUCAUUUGGGAGGACAGAGUCUGGCUGAGAGCUUGGAACAGAUUCAUCAGGAAGAGACAAUUGACCCAGAAGAGGAUAUGAACAAAUUAGAUGACAAGGAACUAGCCAAAAGGAAGAGCAUCAUGGAUGAGCUCUUUGAAAAGAACAGGAAGAAGAAAGAUGACCCAGAUUUUGUCUACAAUGUUGAGAUUGAGUUUCCCCAGGAUGAGCAGCUGGAGUCCUGUGGCUGGGAUGUGGAGUCAGGUGAAGAAAUCUGAUUCCGGACAAAGACUUCUUAGAUGGACAGUUCAGAGAGAAAACUGAUGUUCCUAACAUAGAGUGCUGUUAUUGUACUUAUGCUACUGCGUCAUUUUCAAUUUAUGCACUUGAUGCAUAUUAUAUUGACUAUAGAGAAAACAAGGACUAAGAUGUUACAGCAAUUUCAGAUUUAAAAAACUUUAUUUAAAAAGUUCAACUUGAUGAAAUGGAAAUGGGGUAGCAGAACCUGAGUUUUUUCAUCUUUACAUAUUCAUGAAUGCCUAAAUAAUUUUAAAUCAUUAAUCUAUCGUAAUUCAUCUAUCAUUUAUUUACAUUUCAAUCAACUUUGGCAGAAGACCUCACCAUCUUGCGUUGCUAUGAUUUCUGUUCAGCUUCAUCUUAAAAUGAAGUGUUAAAUAUUUAUAUCUUGAAAGCAAUGCUCAAGUUUUAUUGCUUGGAUAUGGUAUUUAUUAUUACUUGUUGGAACAUUAAAUACAUAUUAGUCUAUUUUCUGGAUAAAUCAACAUUGCAAUGAGAAUAUUACUUUCACAUUUCCUGAGUGAUGCUUAAAUCACAGGUUACUCAAAUAUAAACUCUUAUAUUUAAGAAACAAUUUUUAGAAAAGCUAGUUCUGACAGUACUCCUGAAAAAACAGUGAUUGUGAAUUGAUAAAAUAAGGUAUUUUCCUUAAACUACUAGAUAAUUUUCUGUCAGUAAGUGCUUGGCUCUGGGAAAACGUGCUUAAACUGUAUGAGUAAAGUCACAAAAGCUAGAGGUGUCUUUAGAAUAAAGCAAAAUCUUCACUACUGUUUUCUCAUCAGGCUACAGUUCCAAACUCAUUUUAAACAAUACUAGCGGAGAACUUGACAAGUAAAUAAAGCUAUGGCAAAUUCCUCAGUGAUCAUCAAAACACUAUCUGGAGGACCUUUAUCUCUGCAAAUUAGUGUUUUAUUUAUCCCACUCAAGGUUUUAAUCCCACUGUCUACCUCACUCAGUUUGUACUAGUGAGGUCCCACUCUCUUGUAAGAAUUGGAAGACUAAAUCUAGGACUCUCUAGGAAAUUAUGUGAUACUGAAGCUUCCCAAGUUUUGGCUUCCUGAAUUUGGUUGGGUUGUGAGGGUACUGAGAGGAGUGAGCCUUCAUCUUGAGUUGAAUAUUCUCAACAAACAGAUGCCUGAGGUAACUAAAAGGAGCUCUAAAUUGCCCCUGAGGCUGAUUUAUUUCCUAUCUUUCCUCCUUCUGCAACCACAAAUGAAUUAAAACAUGCCAACUUUAUCAGUAAGACUUUCAAAGCACAGAAAUUGGUAUUUGGAAUAGUUCUCUUCUUAAAAAUGGAAAUGAUAGAACCAAUCCUAUGAAAAAUGCCAGAUGAGUGUAAAUUAAACCACUGUACUUUGUCCUGAAGCAAAUGAGUGAGCUUAAGUUUGUCCAAGGCAGUAUUUAUUUCAGAAGAGAAAGAAAUUGAUGUCUCCUUUACCAAAAAUUACCAAAAUAAAACCUGACUUAGCUUUUC